AUGAAUAUCGGAGAGGACGAGUGGGAGGAUGAACUCUUCGAUGGCACCGUAGCGUGUGUAUUCACCACCGCGGAGAAGAAAUUAGCGGAGAGGAACAUAAACAACAACAACAACAACAACAACAGAAAGAGAGACUACACGGACGCGAUUUUGAAGACAACGAUAAAAAAGUGUACUACCGAAGAGGGAAUGGAUGGACGCGAGAAGGAUGCCUUGCAGUUGAGGGCGUCGUCUUCUCCUCUUUAUAAAACGAAACGAGCGAUGGAUUUUGCCUCGCAACCGACGAGUCAAACGAAAACAACAACAACAACAACUCUGAAAGAAACGCUGGAAAAAUAUUACGGGUACUCGAAUUUCCGUCCAGGCCAGGAAGAAGUCAUCAAAGCCGCGAUGGAAGGGAGAGACACGUGCGUAUUUUGGUCCACCGGAAGCGGAAAGUCGCUCGCGUACCAACUCCCGGCAUUGCACGAAGGCGGGAAAAUGUCCAUCGUCGUUUCGCCGUUGAUUUCGUUGAUGCAAGAUCAAGUGACGGCGUUGAAUAAUACGGUUGGCAAUAUUGCGGAUGGAAGUGGUGGAAACAACGAUAUCGCCUGUUUUCUUGGGUCCGGGCAAACCGAUACGACGGUGGAAGAACGCGUGUUUCGAGGCGACUAUAAGAUUGUGUUCGUGACGCCGGAGAAGAUUUCGUUCGUUAGCGACGAUGGCGGUUUUGGCUCGUCUUCUUCUUCUUCCGUGUUUAUGCAAAGAUUGCAAUCGUUAAAAGCUAUGAACAAAAUCGGGUUGAUCGCCAUCGACGAAGCGCAUUGCAUUUCCCAGUGGGGACACGAUUUCCGCGUGAGUUACAAAAAGCUCGCGGUGUUGAGAGACCAACUUCCUGGGAUUCCAAUCAUGGCGUUGACGGCGACGGCGGUAAAACACGUUCGCGAGGAUAUUUCGAAAACUUUGAAGUUGAGCAAUCCUUACAUCGCCACAAACUCGGUGGAUAGGCCAAACCUACGCAUUCAGUGUCAUCGAAAAGUUGAUUUUAGCAGCGAUUUGAACUACAUCGUGUCUCAAAUUACAGCAGCCGCAUCGAUUCAAGAAAAACAGCAACAUCAACAAAAAAGAGCUUUACCAGCUUCCUUGGCGAAACCGAAAUACGAUUCCUCGAUUAUCUAUUGUGCGACGAUUAAGGAAGUUGUGCAAUUGACCGGCGCCUUGCAGCACAGAAUUGGUGUGGAAAACGUCGCCAUGUACCACGGCUCGAUGACGCCUCAAGACAGACACGAUGCGCAUAUGCGCUUCUUAUCCUCCGAGUGCAAAGUUGUCGUUGCAACGACUGCUUUUGGCAUGGGUAUUGAUAAAGCCGACGUUCGAACGGUCAUUCAUAUGGGCGCACCGAAAACGAUGGAGGAAUAUUACCAGCAAAUCGGGAGAGCUGGAAGAGACGGCAUCGCAUCCAACGUCUCCAUGUUGUUUUCCGAUAAUGACUUUUCCAAGUUUUCCGGAGACUUUUACACCAAAGGACUAACUAAAGAGUCGUUGCAAACGCAAUUAAACUCGACGGAAAAGUUGAAACAAUACGCGAUUGAACGAGAAAAAUGCCGUCGAGCGAUGAUUCUCGAACACUUUGAAGAGACGCCUCUAUUUGGCUCUCAAUGCGGAACUUGCGAUAACUGCAUCCGGUGUAAAACGAUCAAAGCGGACGAUUUGCAGAGAAAUUUAUUGAACGAGGUCAUGCCUGUCUUAUUGACGUUGAAGCAUAGCGCGAAAGGAAGCUUAUCGACGACAGAUUUAGUCGACGCUGUUCUUGGCAAAAAUUCUAAGAAGGGGAGUGUUUUAAAUCACCAAUGGCAACGAUUUCAGAUUGAUGAAGCGAAGAAGAGAGCGGAUAAAAACUCGACUAACCAACACUUUUACAAGGAAGUUCUCGGUAGUUUAGUGCGAGCGAAUUAUGUUACCGAGAAGAACGUGAAAGGUGCGUACGGAUCUUGGAACGUCUACUCCCUUUCGCCGAAGGCGCGGAUGGAGUUUUUCGUCGACGACUCGUUGUCUCCUGCUACUACGAAAGAGAUGAUUUUACCCGUUCCGCAAGCGUUGUUAAACUCUGAGAAAGCUUUGAAGGAGAAGAUCGAGGCGACGAAGAAAGAGUUGAUUUCCGCCGGCGUGGACGUAUCCACCAUCCCGGAGGAGGAGUUUUUACUGCAACAACAAAACGGCGCCAACUCCGAGAUUGUCACCGCAGAGUUACAAUGGUUGCGACAAAUCAAGUACUAUCGAACGAGUGGUCAAGAAUCCAGAGCAGAUGGUCACUUGGAGUUGUUGCGCAGAAUUGAAUCGUGGAAAGACGAACGGGCAAAAGUCCUCGGAUUGGCACCCACGAACGUGUUGUCACAGCAUUUGUGCAAGAAAAUUGCCUACGCAAAACCUUCUACGGUGGAAGCUUUACGAGCGGUUGGCGUUCGCGUUUCCGGCGUGGAGACUUUGUGCGCUUUGAUUCAACAGACCGUGACGGAGUUGGAAUUAGUUUUUGCUCCGGCUGCUGCAAAUACCGAUCCUGCCUCACAUACAAUGCAAACGCCAACAACAGGUACGAGGCCUAUCAUAGCGCUAGAUACAGUCACGCCAAAAACGCCAUGGAAACUCGCGGAAUACAAGCCCAAGAAAGGCAGCGGAGGCACGAUAAUUCCGCCUAACUGGGAGCAAUCGUACAACAGAUUCCAAAAAGGUGAACACGUAGAAGCGAUCGCUAUGACGCAGAGCACGGGCAAGGCUAUUCAACCAGCCACGGUUCUCAAUCACCUAUUCGAAGCGCUGACCCAUGGGAAACAGCUAGAAUUUUCUCGAGCGAUAAGCUCGUUUCCGGAAUACGUGAAUAACAGACUUUCGAAAUUGGAUUGCGACGAGUUAGAAAGAGCGAGCUUUACGACAAACAUAGAUGUCAUCGAGAGGAAAUACUUCGCUCAAAAAGAUUUCUUGAAAGGGUUGGUAUCGCAUGACGUCGAGAAACCUCCAAACGAGAAGACGUUUUUUGAGAAGCAGAAAGAAGCGCUUUGGUACCCGAAGAUACGAGUGUGGACGGUGCUGAAGCGGUGCGGUGUACUCUGA